CAAAGUACCACCAACUAGUGUUAUGGGAAAAAUCUUCCCCUAUUUGAAGGAUCUUACAUGUUUUGUUAUAUUAAAAAUGUAAUAAUGUGGCAUAUUGACAAGUCAUUUUCCUUUUCUUUCUGAUCCCAUGUGAGCUUCUCUUGAAGGAAGAGAACCACCAACCAUAAGCCAGACAGGUAAAUGCAUCACUCUCUCUCACCUGAACUCUCUUUCUAUAGUUAUUUUCUGGCUCCUGGUUUUUCAGCACCUCCACAAAGUGGUUUAUGGUUUAGGUGAUCUUCCUUUCUCUUUUUCUCUUUUAACUUGUUUAAAAAUGAUACUAUCUUUGAGGGCAAUGAUGGGACUAAAGGCUAAAGAUUGAGGUGGUGUUCAAUCUUAAGUGGGGUAAAAGCUAAAAGGCUCAUGCUUAUGAUUUGCAUGUGCUGCUUUUAAGAAGGAGAGAGAGUUUUUUGGUUGGCCCUUUUAGCAGAUUGGUGUUCUUCACUUUGCAACCAAGGUUUGUUUUAAUGUCAAGCUUUAUUGGUGGGGAUGGGGUGGGUGUAGUUACAAUAUUACAUUGAAUUCUAGUAAAAAAUAUAUCUAGAUUAUCAGUGCUUGAGUUCAGAAUCAAAGCAUAGUGUUGUGCCUUGAUACUAUUUGUAAAUUGUCCUGUAAGAGCUUUUCAUCUACUUUUAAAUGUGUCUUUCUCUUUAUUGAAAUUAAGUUUUGAUUCUGUUUUUGUAAUCCCUUAGUCAGUUUGAUAUGAGUAUCUAGAUUAGGUACUAAUUGCGUUGGACAUUGAGCAUUGAAAAAGUUGAAGUGUAAUUCAAUGUUUUGAGAGAACAAAGAUGAAAUCUUUGAGUAGUGUAGGUCUUGGUCUGAGUAUUGUUUUUGGUUGCCUUCUGUUGGCUCUGGUAGCUGAGGUUUACUACCUGUUGUGGUGGAAGAAGAGGAUAAUCAACAGAGAGAUUGAAAAUGACUAUGGUAGCCCUGUGAAGGAGCUUUUCAACAUGUUCUGCUGGAAGAGACCAUCAUCAUCUUCUUUGAGGCAAAAUGGUUUUACUCCACCAGAGCUUUGUUCUUCAGUGAGAAUUGGUGAAAAUCUUGUUUACAACCCAGAAUUGCAAGCUCAGUCACAAACUAACAAGGGUUUUCUUUUCAAACCCUUUGGGGAAGAUGGGUUGGAAGAAGAAUACAUGAGGCAACAGGGUCUCUUUGGUCCUCCAAGGUUCUUGUUCCCAAUAAUUGAAGAAUCAAAGGAGGAUCUAGAAUCUCAGGAUAGCAAGUCUAGAGGUAGAAGCUUGGGUGAUUUGCUAGUUGUGGAGACACCAUAUUUGACACCUAAUGCAUCUCCACCAUUUUUCACUCCACCUUUCACUCCUAUCAGCCCCUAUAGCCAGCAUGGAUUCAAUCCUCUUUUUGAAUCAGCAACUGAUGCAGAGUUCAACAGAAUGAAGUCAUCACCUCCUCCAAAAUUUAAGUUCUUACAAGAAGCAGAAGAGAAGCUUAGAAGAAAAUUACAAGACAAUGAGGGAAAUGGAGAUGAGGUUUCCAUCACAGUAGUUGUUGACAAGAAAAGUGAAAGGGAUGUGAAUCACCAAUCUCAUCUACCUCAGUACCAUUCAAGCACUUCACAGGUACUUCCCUUAGGUUCUUGACACCACCACCUCUCAGCUUAACAAACCAGAAGAAACCAUCUAACACCAAAGUUCUGCAGCCACCAGGAGCUUUUUUUAUUUUUUUUCCUCUUCAUUAAGCUUUCUAAUUGCAUUGUGAAGAAUUCCACUUUUUUUACUUUGGAAUUUGUUUCUCCCCUGUUGAGUUGUUUUGGAAUGGAGCUAUAGUUUAUAACAUGUUUUAAUGAGCUUAUAUUUCUUCAGAAA